AUGCACAUUACAGGCGAGCCAUCAGAUUGGGGAGACUGCGUUGCUUUGUCGUCCUCGCUUGAAAUCAAUGGUUGGGUGACUGUCGACUGUGAAUAUUCACAAUUUUAUCUGUGUGAAAUGGCUGCAAAUGGCCCUGCUGCAAUAAUCAUGCACGAUGAGGAAGGACAAUUUGAAAGUCCUGAAUAUCCAAACAAUUAUCCGAAUGAUGUAGCCGUCAGUUAUUUCAUAGAGUUGCCUGCUGACAACAGAAUCGUCGUUACGAUAGAAUACAUGUUUACCGAGGAAUUGCGGGACAUCCUUCACAUUUAUGAUGGACCGUGGGAAAUGAGUCCAACAUUGGCCAGGCUCUCUGGUUUCCAUCAGAAUCACUCGUUUUUGUCGCACUCAAACGUUGUGAUGGCUGAGUUCUCAAGUGAUGGAGAGUCAAACGGAAACGAAAUAGGAUUCAAAGCUCAUUAUCGGGCCUGGAGUCCACGUCCUGCAGAGCUACUGCAGCAACGCGAAGGGAUCCUUAGCAGCACAAAUUUUCCUUUGUUGGCUCCUCCAUUCACAUACCAACAUUUCCUCAUUCAGUGCGCUGAUGUGGACCACGUUCACGUCAACAUCACAGGUCAAAGAAAUAAACUGGAGCUAUGCGGCGAUGAUCAUUUGGUGUUGUUCGAGGGCACUACUAUCAGUCAUCGAGUGCUGAGAAAGUAAGU